GAUAAAAUAAAAUAUAUUUUUAAAAUUAUUUGUAGUUAUUCAGGAUGUUUAAUAAAGGCAAUAAUUUUAUAAAAUAAGUUAACUAUCACUGUUAAUACUAGGAAAUGAAUGAAAGCAUUAGCACAGCAAAACACAUGAAAUGACCUAAGCUCGCUACUUAUUAACUCUGUUAUUUUUAGUUGUAUCAAUAUUGUAUCAAAACCCUACUCUAAAAUGAGACAAGAUUAUAAUUAUACCUCCCAAAAGAAAUGACUUUCCUCUUGUAUUUGAGUUUCUAUCGUAUAGUUGUGUUCCACUUCAUAGAUCCCAAACCACUUCACAUGAUUACUUAAUACUCUGUGCUAUGAAGCUAUUAUUUCCUCCGUUUUAAAAAUUAGAAACCUGACUUGAUGUUCUGAAAUGGUUUAACCUUGGACUAACAACAAAUUAAUUUCUGAAUACUUUGAUACAUUUACAACUCUAAAUUCUUUAUGAUACUAUGUGAAUUCCCACAUAUAAUUGUGUAUCUGUAUAUAUUUCAAUUAUAAUCCUCUACAUCUAACCUUCAAUAUAUUUUUCAGGCAAUUUGAUGAAAUAUGAUUGCCAUUGGUCAGUUCCUUAACUGACAGCAGUUCUCCCCCAUCCUCAGGUCAUCUGGCAAAAGCUGGAAACAUUUUUGACUGUGAUGAACAGGAAGGUAUUUCUCCUAUCUAGUGCUGUGUCACCAAGAACCACUGGAAAGAUAGGGUUAAGACUGCAAAAUGAGCUGCAAGCCAUAUAUGGAGAAACCCAUUUCUUAAAACCUGCGAUGAACUCCGCUUCCCGUUCUCUCAAACCGGUCUGCUGUGGUUUGUGAAGCCGCCAGCUGAAAACUAGGAACGCAAAGCCAAACUCAGAACCCCGUGGGGCUGGGCGCCAGCACCCCUCCAGGGGGACUCCAGGCCAGAAACACCAAGCAUGUGGGUCACUCUCGUUUCAACGGCCUGGGUGAUUUCUUUUGUCUCUAGUUACUCAUAUACAGCAAAUACUUUGCCAGAUACCAAAAAUGAAGAUUUCAUCAAAGACUGUGUUCGAAUUCACAACAAGUUCCGGUCAAAGGUGAUUCCAACAGCCAGUGAUAUGCUAUACAUGACUUGGGACGCAGCACUUGCCCAAGUUGCAAAAGCGUGGGCAAAAAAUUGUCACUUUGGACACAACCCACAGCUGAAGUCAGGCAAGCUGCACCCAAAAUUCAAUUCAAUGGGAGAAAAUAUCUGGACCGGAUCUUUGUCCCUGUUUUCAGUGUCUCCAGCCAUCUCAAAUUGGUACAGUGAAAUCCAAUACUAUGACUUCAACACUAAGAAAUGUAAAAAUGUCUGUGGCCAUUACACUCAGGUUGUUUGGGCUGAUAGUUACAAGGUUGGCUGUGCAGUUCAAUUUUGCCCUAGAGUUUCUGGCUUUGACACACUUUCCAAUGGAGCACAUUUUAUAUGUGACUAUGGACCACUAGGGAAUUACCCAACUUGGCCAUAUAAAAGAGGAGCCACAUGCAGUGCCUGCUCCACUAAUGACACGUGUUUGGACAAUCUCUGUGCUAAUCUACAGCGAGACAAAGUCACACGUUACUACUCUAUUGUCUAUCCAGGCUGGCCUAUACAUUCACGUAAUAGAUACACAUCUCUCUUUCUUAUUGUUAAUCCACCAAUUAUACUACUGUCUAUUAUAAUUACCCUCUGGGUUAAGCAUAAAUACCCUAAUUUAGUUCUUUUGGAAUAAUACACUGGACAGGGAACUUAUUAACCUAUUUAUGCCAAAAUGGAAAUUUUUUAAAUUAUUGCAUGAAAUUCUUGUUACUAACAAAAGUUCACGGAACAAGAAUUUGUUUAUGUUUUGUUGUUAUGGGCAUUCUACAAAUGAAUCUUUAGGCAGUGAAAAGUUAAUAUAUGGCCUUUUAAACAACAGUAACAUCUGGCUGUAUUUCUAAUUUCUUUUUUAAAAUGUCAGAAUAAAUACGUUGCUGUAGUAAAGCCUUACUCAAAAGAAAAACUGUUCCAUAUCCUAAACUCUAUAGGACAAACUCAUCUUUCCUUUGCACUUUUCUAUGAACAGCAUUGUUUUUAGGUGACCACAGCUAGAUUUUCAGUAAGUGACCUCGUUUCUGUGUUUUAUCUUCCCAAUCUAGAGAGAACGUUAGAUAUAGGUCAGUGCUGGUGAACCUACAGCACGUGUGCUACAGCAGGCUGUUAUCA